GCGGCGGGGGAGGUGAAGGCUGGGCUGCAGCUUCUCCUGCUAUGAUGCCUGGCCAGAUACCAGACCCUUCCGUGACUGCCGGCUCUCUGCCAGGUCUCGGCCCCCUGACCGGACUCCCCAGCUCGGCCCUGACUGCAGAGGAGCUGAAGUACGCCGACAUCCGCAACAUUGGGGCCAUGAUCGCCCCCUUGCACUUCCUGGAGGUGAAACUGGGCAAGAGGCCCCAACCUGUGAAAAGUGAGCUAGAUGAGGAAGAAGAGAGAAGGAAAAGACGCCGGGAGAAGAACAAAGUGGCGGCGGCCCGAUGCCGGAACAAGAAGAAAGAGCGGACGGAGUUCCUGCAGCGGGAGUCGGAGCGGCUGGAGCUCAUGAACGCCGAGCUGAAGACCCAGAUCGAGGAGCUGAAGCAGGAGCGGCAGCAACUCAUCCUGAUGUUGAACCGCCAUCGCCCCACCUGCAUCGUCAGGACCGACAGCGUCAAGACCCCGGAGUCAGAAGGAAACCCGCUGCUGGAGCAGCUAGAGAAGAAGUGACCAGGGACUGGGAGGAGGCAGAGGAGAAGGAGGACGGGUCCAGUGGGCCCGUCCUUGGUGCAUGGAAAAACUUAACCAGGAGGCUCAGCUCGGCCAGCACCAGCCGGGCUAUUUUGUGAAACUCUUAUCAGCCACAGGAGAAGAGCAGGCUGGGGAAACCCAGAAGGACCCAGCGCCGAGACCAAAGCAGACCCACGGGAGGGGCUGUCCCGCCUGGGGCCCAGCUUGAAGGAGGCAGGACACAGGCACCAGGCCAGCGAGCGGGAUACCCAGCCAGGCGGCCUCCCCUCCAGGGCACCCACCCAAGGGACCUUCGAGCAGCCAGGAAAAGCCAUGAGUCGCAACCAAAAUGUGGCUGAGGAUGGACCUCAAAGUGAAACUGCCGUCUGCCUGUGCCGGCCCCGACCCUGACCCUGUUGGAGGCUGGAGGGGGCACAGCGUGGGGCCCCGCUGCACCCCUCGGCCCAGCCACCUCGGUCCAGCGCGGCCCUGCCCGAGCGGCAGCCGGGGCCCACCCUCGCCGGCCCCGCUGGAGUCUGCUGUGGGCACAAGGCGCGGGCGCCCUUCCAAAGCACAUACUCACUGAAUGUUUACAGACUGGCUGUCCUGGCAGGGGCUUUCAACUGCACAUGUUUUUUAUACUUUCUUUUUUUUUUUUUUUUAAUAUUUUUU